AUGGCCAGAAAGCGAAAGGCUCCUGCCUCCGUAGCUCCUCCACAACCCGAACCUGUCCAACCGGAGCCACAAAUCGAACAGCCAGACCCAGAAGAAAACCCGCCGACCCAAGAAGAAGAACCCGAAGUUGAAGAAGUAGAAGAAGUGGAAGUGGAAGUGGAAGAAGAGGAAGGUGAAGAAGAAGAGGAGGAAGAUGAAGAGGAAGAGGAAGAGGAAGAGCAGCCAGAAAACAUGGAGGAGCAUAAAAAUAUUGAAGUUAUGACCGACGCAGAGAAGAAUGGACAAGAAAAUGUGGAAAAGCCCUCGAACGACGCCGUUUCAGGCGAAGAGCAAGCAAAUGGCGAGACUGGAGCCGAAGAGCAAAAUGAAGAAGAGGAAGAAGAAUUCGAGGAGGAGCCAAUAGAGAAGCUACUGGAACCUUUUUCUAAAGAACAGUUAGCAGUUCUGAUCAAAGAGGCUGUGAGUAAAUACCCUGAUUUCAUGGAAAGUGUGCACAAAUUGGCUGAUGCUGAUCCGUCCCAUCGUAAAAUAUUUGUGCACGGGCUCGGGUGGGAUGCGAAUGUGGAUACCCUUACUUCCGUGUUUGGGAAGUACGGGGAGAUCGAGGACUGUAAAGUUGUUACAGAUAAGGCAUCCGGGAAAUCAAAAGGUUAUGGAUUUAUUUUGUACAAGCAUCGGAAUGGUGCCCGCAAAGCUUUGUUGCAGCCUCAGAAGAAGAUUGGGACUCGGAUGACUUCCUGCCAGCUAGCGUCUGCGGGCCCUGUUCAGACUGCUCCUCCGGCAGCUGUGACAACUCUCCCCAACCCGCCCACGUCCGAGUACACACAGAGGAAGAUAUACAUUAGCAAUGUCUCAGCAGAACUCGAUCCAAAUAAAUUGUUGGAGUUCUUUUCCAAGUUUGGAGAGAUCGAGGAAGGGCCGUUAGGGUUAGAUAAGCAGACUGGGAAACCAAGAGGGUUCUGUUUGUUUGUGUACAAGAGUCUGGAGAGUGCAAAGAAAGCGUUGGAGGAGCCGCACAAGAAUUUUGAGGGGCACACGUUGCAUUGUCAGAAGGCAGUAGAUGGUCCGAAGCAUAGUAAGGGUCAUUAUAACCAACAUACUUCCCAGCAGCAGCAGCAGCACCAUCACCAGGGGCAGCAAGGUUAUUAUCACCAUAGUGCGAAAAGGGGAAAGUAUGUAGGGAGCAGUGGUACCGGCGGUGGGCACCUGAUGGCACCAAGCCAUGGAUCAGCUGUCCCUGCCGUCGGGUUCAAUCCUUCAGUGGCGCCUGCAGCUUUAGGACAGGCAGUGGCAGCUUUGUUGGCAACACAGGGUGCAGGCUUAGGUAUUGGGAAUUUGCUUGGAGGGAUAGGUGGUAUGAAUCCUCAGGGAGUAAUGCCAGGGAUGAGCAAUGCGGGUUAUGGAGGUCAGAGUGGUGCAGGUGGGUAUGGAGGUCAGCCCGGGAUGCAGGGAGGAUAUGGAGGUCAGCCACAGAUGGGACAAGGUGGCGUUAGGCCGCCACAGGGUGGUGCACCUUAUAUGGGUCGUGGUCACUAG